AUGAGAAUUUUAAUUGCUUUAUUUGUUUUAAUAAUCUCUUGUGUUUAUUCACAAAAGGUUAUUAAUACCAAAAUAGUUUACACUGAAGAUUUUUGCAGCAAUGGCACACCAAAACCAGUCCCACCAAAAGUAUUUUGCCCAACAGGUUAUCAAAGUUGGUCAGGUGGUUUAAUCACAAAGGAAAACCAAUGUGUUUAUAUUCCACACAUCUCAACUGCACCAACCACACUCACUUUAUCCAGUGAUAAUCAAUCAGUUGUUAAAAGUGAAUUUGCAUUAUCAGAUUAUUACUGUGCCAAUAAAACCACCUCCCAAGAAACUGUUUCUUUAAAUACAUGUACCCAAGAUUGCACCCAAGAUGCCCAAUUAUUUAAAUAUGAAAUUGAUUCAGUUACUGACGAUCUUGAAGUCCCAAGCAAAUCAUUAUUAUCUAUUUCAACCAGUAGCGAUAACUGUAGUGAAGAUUGGAAGAACUCAUUUAACUUUAUUUACUACUACUCAUUAAAGACAUGUGUUAAUGAUCCAAUUCAAGGCAGUUUUAUGCUCGAUUGUAAUUCCGAUAGUAUAACAGUUUAUUCAUUUGAUGCCCAAAACUGUAAAUCAAAUGUUCAAAUUUCACACAUCCCACUUUCACAAGAUUGCAACAAAUAUCAAGUUUGCGCUAAUUAA